AUGCCACCCAACCCCAAAUCCCGUCUCACCCCCACCGCCAAAAACAAACCCAAACCCACCGCCCCAACCGGCCCCCCGCACCCCUUCAAACCCGCCCCAACCUCCCUCGAGCCCCUAUACACCACUCUCCCCCCCGGCCACGUCUACAUCGCCCACACCGACCCACGCGCCGCCGCCUUCAAGCGCAAGCUCUUUCUCGUCCCCGUCGCCCUCAACCUCGCGGUGAUCGCCCUCUUCUUCCUCCGCAUCUGGUACAUCGCGCCCUACUACGUCGCGCUCUUCGUGUCCGGCGCGCUGGGCCACACCAACGAGACGACGCUGAACGUGGCCGCGCUGUCGUGGGGCGCGCUGGCGCAGGCGAUUGUGCGGCGGGCGGCGACGUUCUUGUUGGAUUUUGUGUUGGGCGUGUUUGUGUGGCCGUGGCCGUAUGAGUUUUUUGUGGGGACUACGGGUCGGGGUAGUCCGAUUGCGUGGCGGUGGGCGGUGGGGUUCAGGGAGAAGGAGGUGUAUGUGCGGAGGAGCAGGGAGAGCUGGGAUGCGGUGUUGAGGGAGGAAGGGGUGGAUUUGUUUGAUGUGGAUAGUGCUGAGGCGCGGGAGGGGAGGGAUGCGGUUUUGGGCCGGGUGAGGGCUGCGACUUCGCCGAUGUUUAUGCAGCAGAAGACGGGGUAUUUGACGAUGGAUGGGCAGUGGGAUCUGGACUGGCGCGGGAUGGUGGAUGCUACGCGGUUGGUGGAUAAGAAGGAGGUGACGCUGGACGCGCUGAAGUUGGUGGUGUUGCUGCAUCACGGCAAGUUUGGCUGGGUUACGGUGGACUUGGGCCAGGCUGAGACUGCGGAGCAGGACGAGCGCCGGAGACAGGUUAUUUUGUUCCGGGAGGCGCUGGCUUCGCUGGGCAAGGAGGACUUGUUCUUCCGCUGGGUCGAGAUGAUUCAGUUUGAGACCACCCAGCCUGGUGGCUUUACCAAGGAGCGACAGGUCAUGGCCGCGCAGAAGAUCCGGGAUUUGUUCCAGGCCAAUGGUGUGGACUUUGACGGGCUCUGGAAGGAGACGGUCGGCACUGAGGGGCUAGCUGGCAUGCCUGCUGCCUAG